UUCGGCGUUGAUUCUAGUUCUCGGUCCUGUGGUGCCACUCUAGGUUCACACACUGUUUACUGGCCAUGGCCUGCCGCAACACCUUUCUAGCAAACUUCCUAGCAACUUCUUGCGUCCUCGUUUCUAUAAUUUUUUCUAUUUCCUGUUGACUCCUCGUCUUCUCUGCUGGCUAUAUACGCCUUGUUCCUCCUCCCCUCAUUCUUUGCUCUCUUCGUUCUCGGCUAGUUGCUCUUGCGCUUGUUUUGCUGGCUGUUCCCUCACUCAGUUUGCGUCACACUGGUCAUUCAAUCUAGAUUCCCGUGGUUUGGCGGUCGAAACUCCUUGCAAAUCUAAACCUGCCGCAUGCAACAACCUCCACAGCUCCCCACUCCACUCACUGCAAAGACCAUCUCUGUUUACUACUCCGCUGACUUGACUGCUCCGCUCCCCCAACAGACGCCGCCAUGUGCGCCACCCCCACCGUCGAGAAAUCGGCCCCGGAGCUCGUCCAGCCGGCGGGGCCGACGCCAGGAGGCACCCUCCCGCUAUCCUCCAUCGACAAGACCGCGGCGGUGCGCGUCCCGGUUGUCCUGGUCCAGGUGUUCCCCCGGGCCGCCAGCGACGUCGGCGGCGGCCAGCAGGACGCCGCCGUGGCGGCGAUGCGCGACGGCUUCGCGAGGGCGCUGGUGCCGUACUACCCGGUGGCCGGCCGCAUCGCCGACGUGAGCCCCGGGGACGGGGAGCCCGUCGUGGACUGCACCGGCCAGGGCGUCUGGUUCGUGGAGGCCGCGGCGAGCUGCACGCUCGCCGACGUGAACUACCUCGAGCGCCCGCUGCUCAUCCCCAAGAAGGACCUGCUCCCCAAGGAGGAGCUCGAGGAUCUCAUCAUCAUGGCCCAGGUGACCAAGUUCACCUGCGGCGGGCUCGCCGUCGGGAUCUGCUUCAGCCACAUGGUGUUCGACGGGCAGGGCGCGGCGCAGUUCCUCAAGGCGGCCGGCGAGAUGGCGCGGGGGCUGCCGGCGCCGUCAGUGGCGCCGGUCUGGGACCGCGACGCCAUCCCGGGCCCGCCGCGGCCGCCCAAGCUGCCGCGCGGCGGCCCCCCGCCGCCGUGCACGGCGUUCAGCUUCGUGACCCAGGCGGCCGACAUCUCGCCGGAGAGCCUCGCACGCAUCAAGGACGCGUUCCGCGCGGCGACGGGGCAGGCCUGCUCCACCUUCGACGCCGCCACGGCCGUGCUGUUCAAGUGCCGCGCGCUGGCGGCGGGGCUCCCCGACGGCGCCGAGGUCCGGCUCGCCUUUGCCGCCUGCACGCGGCGCCUCCUCCGCGGCGUGCUGCCGUCGGUGGACGGCUACUACGGCAACUGCGUGUACCUCGCGGUCGCCGCCCGGACCAGCAGGGCCAUCCGCGAGGCGCCGCUGGAGGAGGUGAUCCGCCUGACGCGGGCGGCUAAGGAGGCGGUCGCCGCGCGGUUCGCGGACUGGAUGCGCGGCGGCGGCGCCAUGGAGGACCACUACAGCGUGGCGCUGGACUACGGCACGGUGACGGUGUCGGACUGGAGCCGCGUGGGGUUCAGCGAGGUGGACUACGGCUUCGGCGAGCCGGGGUACGUGUUCUCGCUCAACGACCAUGUCAGGGUCGUCCCAUCGGCGAUCUACCUCAGGCCGCCGGCGCCCAAGCGUGGCGUCAGGCUCAUGCUCCGCUGCGUCGAGGAGCCGCACGCCGCCGCGUUCGCCGACGAGCUCGCCAAGUUCGCCUAGGUGCUGGUUCUUGGCCUGGCUUUGGUCAAGCGUGCUCUCUCUGUUUUUUUUUCCUCUUUUUUAAAUGCAGUACCUAAACUUCACUGCUGUAGCCUGUCAUUUCCUCAUUGGCAUUGUUGUGGGAUGAUCUGACUUUUCAAGUCAACAAGAACACCAAAACAACUCGCGGUGCUUUAAGGGGUAGCGGUCGUUUUAGUGCAUUUAACAGACUCAACUACAGACUUUAUUCCAUUUAUUA